UCGUGCAGCCGUAAAGCGUAAUGUUUUAUUAUUGCCUGAGACGCUGAGGAGGAAGUACAGUACAGUUGUUUUGAGAGUUAACAGCUCGGCUAUAGUAUAUUAUACUCGACUCUCGCUGACUAUUUCUCUCUCUUCUCAACAUCGAAGUCACGCCACUUGAGGUUGAUAAGAUGGAUGAAAUAGCACGCAUGGCAGCUCUUUGCAUGAAAGACAUUGAUGAUGAGGAAGUGGACGAUGAAGAUUUAGAUGAUGAAGAUUUGCUGGCAGAGCUAAAUGAAGUAUUGGAGAUGGAUGAUGAGAGCUCAGCCCCUGCUCCCACUCCAACUAUAAUUUCACCUUCUGGGAAUCAAGUCAGCGUUUCAUCCCACUCAGCUCCCAGACGUGAUACCAGUGUGGAAUCCCGUCUGACGGAACGCAUUGAUAUGUAUAAGACGGCCAUUUGUAAUGCCAAGGAUGCAGGAGAGACUAAUAAAGUUCGACGAUACGAACGUGGAUUGAAGACCCUUCAGUCCAUGUUAACGUCUGUCAAGAAAGGAAAACCAAUUAACGAGGACGAGAUUCCUCCUCCUGUUGCCCUUGGUGGAAAACCUACUGCUCCUGUGGUGGCUAACAAGGAGCCAGAAGUGCCUGAGUCAGCAGUAAUGUUUUCUUCAUCUACUAUUCAGAAACCUUUGAGGGAGUCACUGCCGGCAACUCCUAAUAUCAAGCCGGUCCUUCUAAACAAGCCGCAAAACUCUGCACCUGCCUCAUUACCUGAACCUGCUGCAAAUGUUCCAGUAAUCAGUCAGUCUGAUUCACAGAACUCUGAGUGGAAAGAGUUAGUGUUGUCCAGGCAAAAGGAGUACAAAUUGGCUGCCAUAAAUGCCAAGCAGGUUGGAGACAUUGAGCGGGCCAAACAGUUUUACCUCACCUCCAAGCAACUGGAUUUGCUGCUAGAAGCACUGAGCCGCCAUGAACAGAUAGACCCCAACUCACUACCACCUCCUUUAGGAGACUUGGCUGAACCCUGUGCGUCUGCUCCCCCUCCAAGUUCCUCUGCUGUUCCCACUGCUAAUACAACCUCCAGUGUGGCCUCUGCAGAGCUACCUACUCCACGUAGUGUUGGAGAAGCUCUGCAACAGCGGAUGGACAUAUACAAAUCAGCAGCUGAAACAGCGAAAAGUAACGGAGACGAUCGUAAAGCUCGCAUGCACCAACGCAUUGUUAAGCAAUAUCAGGAUGCCAUCAAAACUCACAAAGCUGGAAGACCAGUCACCCUGUCUGACCUCCCUGUGCCUCCAGGUUGUCCACCAUUUCCUGGCUCAGAGAGUAAUCAGACUUUUACAGACAUCAUGGGAAAAGCUCUAAAAAUUGCCAAUCAGGAUCCAGAUGCUGAAGAUGACGAUGAUGAUGAGAGUCCACUAGAGGGUGCCAAUCCCCAGCUGCAUCCAUCUGCAAAGAGUGCCAAGUCUCCUGCUCCACCGGUUCCUGGGGUCUCUGCAGCACCUAAAUAUGGACCAAAGGUACAACAGCAAGUUGAUUUUCUCAUGCUUCGGCGAAAGGGAUUUUUGAAAGCAGCACUGCACUCCAAACAAAUGAAGGACAUGUCGGGAGCAACGCAGCACCUCAGACAUGCCAAAGGACUGGACCCAAUGAUCGCAGCCGCCAAAUCAGGCCUGCCUGUCGAUAUCACUAAGAUUCCCGACAGUCCUGAAGAGGACUAUUCUUUAACUCUCUCCCGCACGUCACGUCUGUCUUCAAAUACCCACGAACAGUACCAUGGCGUUAUGGAUCUUUUACGAAAACAGCACAAGAAAUGUGUGGCCUCUUCACAGCAGUUCGCACAAAUGGGCAAUGUAGCAGAAGCUCUGAGGUGUGAAAAACUAGCUGAGGAAUGUGUGAAGAACAUAGAGAUACUUAAGAAUGCCUACACCAAUGGUCAUCGAGUUCCUAAAUGCCGCACAGAGGAAAGAACCUUCAACACUUGCAAGAUUCACUCCAACCUGACAUCCAGUGAGCUACUACUCUACAUAAUCAGAGGCAUCAACCUACCAGCUCCCCCAGGUGUCUCAUCUAAUGACAUGGAUACAACUGUGAAAUAUGAGUUUCCUUUUCCCAGUAUGGAAGAUGCUCAAAGGAACAAAACGAGCACAGUAAAGAACACCAACAGUCCAGAAUUUAAAGAGCAAUUCAAACUGAACAUCAACCGUAACCAUCGGGGUUUUAAACGGGUUGUCCAGUCAAAAGGCAUCAAGUUUGAAAUCGUCCACAAGGGAGGCUUGUUUAAGACGGACAGAGUGAUCGGUACAGCCCAGUUAAAGCUAGAGACUCUGGAAAACCAUUGUGAACUCAGAGAAAUUAUAGAGGUAAUGAAUGGCCGUAAAGCCACAGGUGGCAAGUUGGAGGUGAAGGUAAAGAUCCGAGAGCCUUUGACUGGACUUGACCUCCAGCCAGUGACGGAGAAGUGGCUGGUUCUGGAUCCUGUCUCCUCACUUUCUCCUCCAGAGAAAAAAAAGAAGGAUCGAGCUCCUUCUCCUCGGUCCAACCCCAGACAUGAAGCGAGCGGCAGGAGCAAUCAGUCUCCACAGUACAAACUCCACAGCUUCAGCCUGCUCACUUAUGACAGGGAACGUUUGGAGAGGAAGAUUGAAGAGUACAGAAAGAAUCGACGCGAUCCACCACCUGAUCUUAUCCAUCAGCUCAAAAGCAUCUCGCACAGAGUGCAGUGGCAAAAAGCUGAACUGCAGCAAGGCUCUCCUGCUUUGCUGACAGAAUAUGAAAAUGUGUUGCAACGUUUAGCCCAAGGACUAAGUGACGCCGUGAAGAAGUACUCUAGCCAAGGCAACAGAGAUGCUGCCAAAGAUGCACUAGGGAGGUUUAAACUGGUAGAAACGGAGCUGGAAUCUCUGAGAAGAAAUCGCACUAAAUAAGAAGAGAACGAGGGAAUGGAAUUUGGUAAAAGCACUCACUAAGGAUGGACGAAUUCUGGUAAUGUCCAUGAUAACUACAUCAAUCAAACUGUCAAAUCUUGUUUUAUUUUGAUUUACAUCCAACACUAAGAUAGAUAAAAAAAAUUAAAGAGACUUGAAAAAAGCUACAUUUGGAAAUUGAAAGAAAACAUUGCAUGGAUCCUUACUCUAAACUAUUCAUUCUAUAUUUUAUAUGUAAUCAUUCUAAGCUUGGUUAAGAUGGGACUGCUUCAGUGUUGGUUGGUGUGAAAUGUUAAUUAAUUAUUAUUAAUUAAUAUUUGUGACGCUACAAAGAAUGUAUCAGAUGCUCAGUGGGUUUCUUUGCAGAUGAAAAACGCUGGUAACUUCCUGGGAUUUUUUUUUCAAAGCAGUUUAAAGAAUUCCAUCUCUGUCUCCUACCUGUCCUUACCAAAAUGAAUGCCAAGACGGGUCGGUUUGUAUAUAAGUGAUGAAGAGGCGUAUAUUCACCAAGGAACUGUUAAAAGGAGUGUAAAAAAGGAGUAUAAAGAAAAUGUCGACUGUAGCCUAGCAUCACCUUUAUGUCAAAACGUCAAGAACAAUCAGGCUGUCAACAACCUGCAGCUGUGUACAGCAACUCAUCACCUUUAAAGGGCUACAGGUUUGAGGUACCUGAAGCUAAAUGAUCCGAUGAUGCGACUAAGACCUUUUGCUGUCCUGUAAACCCUAAUGAAGCUCCUAGAUUGGUUGGGGUAUUUGGAAAUGUGCUACAGCCCUGCUGUGACCAGCCUGCUGUCUCAGACCAUAGCCCCGUCUUUAUGGUACCAGUCUCACUGACCGCAGUGGUUAUGAAAUGCUCUGAAAGGCUCAUUCUCUCCAACAUACACAGUAGCAGUGUACUUGCAGUAUAACUAAAGAACAUCAGGAUCAACAGGGACGGUGUGGAGAGCGAGGGUCCUCCUUUAAGUAUCUGGGAGUGGACAUUGCUGUGAUCUAAUGUGGUUCAACAUAAACAGUAAUCAGGCUAUACUCCAGUUGAAAUCUGAGGUGAUUUAAUCCAGCCCCAGUUCUCAUGGCAGGAGACUAAAGAGUAUAAAGAGCUGGACCAAGUCUUUAUCAAUGGUCCACCAUACCCUCGACCCAUGACCCGUGUCACUGACCUUUAGACAAUGCCCAUAAAGAUAUGCACUUUAAAUGUUUUGCUGGUUAGACAGAUUUGCAUAGAUAUUUUUUUAAUUGAAUUGAAUCUUUCAUUUUAUUCAUAUUUUGUUCUGAUCUGCAGCAUUAUUUUAAUAUGGGAUAUGUAUAUAAAGACAAUGACAAUAAAGUGUUUUAUUUUGUUGUCUUGUACACGUU